AUGGCUGUAAAUGAGAGCGUUUGCAAAAGUGACUGUGAAUUCUACACUGCGGACGCAACAUCGCCGAAUCCGUCGACGGCUAGGCCAGUCAACAUUGCGGAGGAGGAACGGAAGACGGCUGAAAUGCUUUAUCCCAUACGCGGAGAACGACCGGAGUCAAAUCAGUUGAUUGAACUGCAAACGGCCAUUGUACGUCAGACAAGGAAGCUUGUUGAGGCGGGUCGCCAGCAUGGCACCGAAGACAUCGAACUUCUACUGAAUGUUGACGCUUUGGAGAAGGAAGCAGGACGUCUACGGCAACGAGUGGACCAACUAGAUGCGAUGAUUGAGGCAAAAAAGUUGGAGUCCAAGAAAAUGCGUGCAAAAAUGAGGCAUCUUCAGGCGAAGCAGGCCCAUCAGUCCAACGAGUGA